GUAUUUUUCUGCAUAGUUUUAGAAUAUCUCAUUUAGAAAAUACACAUAAAACGCCAAUGGAAGAUAUUAUUAAAGAAGCUGAUAAGUUAGUUGCACAAGGUCAAUUUCACAAAGUUUAUCAUUAUCUCAAAGCUUCAUUGAAAAAUUACGAUGAUGUUGAAUUAUUAUGGAGAUUCGCUCAAGCAUGUUAUCUUUGUGUUUAUUAUGUCACAAAUAAACCAAGUAAAGCAUUCUGUGAAACAUAUUUCUCAGAGGGGAUGAAUGCAGCUAAAAAGGCUAUGGAGAAAAACCCUAAUCAUGCUAAUUCCUUAACGUGGUAUGGUAUCUUAUGGGAUGAACACAGUAAUUUGCAAGGUUUCUCAGAAAGAUUCAAGAAUGUCUCACAGUUAUAUGACAUAUGGAUUAAAUCACAAAAACUUGAUCCGAAUAACUUUUUAACUGAGGGUAGUUUAGGCAUAUGGUAUUUUAUUAUGACAGAUGUAUACACUACAAAACCAGAACUUUUUAAAGGUACAAAGUAUACUGGGAAGGAAUUCUCUUAUGAAUUGGCAUUAAAACAUAUGCUGAAAUGUGAAGAAUGUAAGUAGAGUAUAGAUAUGCGCACAUAAAAAAUGUUUAUAAUCUUUUCGAUAAAUGAAUAACACAAAUUCUCAUUGAUUUCAUUCUUUUUUAAAUUAAAACAUGGAGUGGCUCCUAUGAGAUCUGUAAUAACACUGGCACAUUUGGCUAAAUGUUAUGCACGACUAGGAGAAAAAGACAAAGCGAAAGAUUAUGCUCUUAAAGUACUUAAUUAUCCUGCACAUCAUGUCGAAGCCGAUGAGGCUAGGAAAGAAGUUGAGGAAUUAUUUCAAACACUUAAAUGAUUACAUUGAUAAUGAUAGUAACUACUGUACUAUAAUGAGGAACGAAUUAUAUUCCAUCACAUUAAAAUUAAUGAAGCGAUUACUAGUACUAACGUAUCAUAGUGUUUCAUGUAUAUGAACAUUCUACAAAUAUAUGUGAUGUGUGUGUAUGAUGAACUUUGUUAUUUAAGAUCUGUAUGUUCAAUUGGAUUGUUAACUGUCUAUCGGAGUGGCAGUAAACAACCGUAUCUGAUCAUUUUCGCUAUCAUAAGAACAUUUUUCUAACCACAAAAGAAACAUGUUGCAACUACAGUCUUAAUCUAUCACCAUGAUUAUUAAAAUCAGAAAAGUUACAGUUUGAAUAUGUUAUUCACAAAUUUAAGCGAUUGAACUCAUUGUAUAUAUUAUUUGUUUUACUGGUUCCUGAUAGAAUUCCAAUGUGUACACGGAUUAGUCUGUGAAUAAUCACGAUUACUACAAUCCAGUUGUUAGUGCUUAUCAAAAGACUAUGGAAUAAUAUAUGAAAUGUGAACAAAU